UUUUUAUGGGGGGGGUGGCGUUUUAAAGCAUUUUUACUCCUCACUAAUAGCAAAUUGCCUGUGUGUUGGCAGGAGCAGGGGCGGACUGACAACUCAUGGGGCCCCCGGGCAAUAGGGGAUCAUGGGGCCCCUGUGUCCUUGCCCAAACUCAAAAAAGCCUAUGAAAAAGGUACCAGGGGCAUCUCAUGGGGCCCCCUACUGACCCCGGGCCCUCAGGCAGUGCCCGAGUUUCCAAAUGGUCAGUCCUCCCCUGGGCAGGAGUGUAAGUUUAUGCAUAUACAC